GCGGCGCGGGGCUCGGGGCGCGGCGGGUGUCUGCGGAGCGCGGUGAAUCCAGGAUCCAGACCCCAAAAUGUGGCGACUCUUGGCGGCUCUCAGCUGCCUGCUGGUGCUGGCCGGCGCCCGGAGCCGGUCCGACUUCCAGCCCUUGUCGGAUGAGCUGGUCAACUACGUGAACAAACGUAACACCACGUGGCAGGCAGGACACAACUUCCGCAACGCGCACCUGAGCUAUGUGAGGAAGCUGUGUGGCACCUUGCUGGGCGGGCCCAAGCUGCCCCAGAGAGUGCAGCUCGCUGAGGACGUGGUUCUGCCCGAGAGCUUCGACGCCAGGGUACACUGGCCCAACUGCCCCACCAUCGCCGAGAUCCGCGACCAGGGAUCCUGCGGGUCCUGCUGGGCCUUUGGGGCUGUGGAAGCCAUUUCUGACCGGAUCUGCAUCCGCACCAACGGGCACGUGAACGUGGAGGUGUCCGCCGAGGACUUGCUGACCUGCUGCGGCGAGAAGUGCGGGGAGGGCUGCAACGGGGGCUUCCCCUCGGGAGCGUGGAACUUCUGGACCAAUCAAGGCCUGGUGUCCGGGGGCCUCUACGAGUCCCACAUAGGCUGCAGACCCUACUCCAUCCCUCCCUGUGAGCACCACGUGAACGGCUCCCGGCCCCCCUGCUCGGGGGAGGGAGGCAGCACCCCCAAGUGCAGCAAGAUCUGCGAGCCUGGCUACAGCCCCGCGUACAAAGAGGACAAGCACUUCGGCUGCAGCUCCUACGGCGUGCCCAGCAGCGAGAAGGAGAUCAUGGCCGAGAUCUACAAGAACGGCCCGGUGGAGGCGGCCUUCUCCGUGUACGCGGACUUCCUGAUGUACAAGUCCGGAGUGUACCAGCACGUCACCGGCGAGAUGAUGGGGGGCCACGCCGUCCGCAUCCUGGGCUGGGGGGUGGAGAACAACACCCCCUACUGGCUGGUUGGCAACUCCUGGAACACGGACUGGGGCGACAACGGCUUCUUUAAGAUCCUCCGCGGCCAGGACCACUGCGGCAUCGAGUCGGAGAUCGUGGCCGGCAUCCCGUGCACUGACCAGUACUGGAACCAGAUCUGAGGGCCGCCUGUGCCGCCAGCCCCGGCUCCUUCCUCGCUCGCCACCGGGGCUGGGCCCUUGGGGGGGCUUCUAUUCCUCGAGUUCACAUACACGAACAACAGGCUUGCGACGGCCUGAAGGACUGAGCCAGACCUCGCGUCCACCCUUCGGGCUGUCUUCCGAGGACACGCAGCCGAGGCAGCCGCCUCCAGCCCGGGCUCGCGAGCCCCGCUGCUCCCAGAGCCGGGCCUCCCCGUAGACUAGACCAGGACCCGCGCCGCCCGCCCCCGGGAGCAUGGCAGACGGGGCUUGGACAGUGGGGUUCAGAGGCAAGGAGAGCGGGGUCCCCGCAAGACAGCCCCCACGGCUCCGGCAGCGCCCGGCCCGCAGCUUCCAGCUCCGGAGCGGGAGCCGCCCUGGCCCGCGCUAGCCCUCUCCGGCCUCGUCCUUGAGCUUCGACUCCGCCGCGGCCGCGCUCCAGACGGCCCCCGCCAGGCCUCGGCUUCCCGCCCCCGGCACCGCCGUGGGCCUGGCGUGGGAGAAGCCAACUCUGAGAAUCACUGCUUCGCCCUGUAAUUCAGCCCGGGAGAGAAUGUGCCAAUAAAAGGUUUCUCGGCCGCCGCGGCGCCUCUGUCCGCGCGU